UAUGCACAACAUCGCAAAAUGUACGAUAGCUAUCUGACAAUUUGAUUGAACAGCUGGCUGCCCGCCAACAUUCAAAUAAAAUUGAAUUCGAAAUUUUAUGUGAUGUAAUUUUGUUUAAAAUGUGUUAUUCCAAAAGUGGGUUUCUCUGCUGUAUUUCGCUUUAUAGCGGAUGUAUAAGUAUUGGAGUAUCGGGCGUUAUAUUUGCCAUUAUUGGUCUUGUUAUUGCCAUUGCGAGACUUGUACAUCUAGUAUUAGUAUGGGCAAUUUUGGCAAUAAUAUUUCUAUUCGUAUAUUUAAUAGCCAAAAUACUCCUACUUUUAGGUGUUGCAUUUCAUAACUGCUUUUUCGUGCUGCUGUCCUUUUAUAUUGUAUGCGUAUCGCUUAUUCUCGCACUUGUCCUGUGCAUAUGGAUAAUGGCUGUUGAUGGCGCAAUAUUACUCGGCAUCAUAGGAUUCUUCUUUAUUUUGGUGGAAAUUUACUUUGCCUGGAUUGUGAUUUCUUACUGGAACCUGUGUGAAAAUUGCUGUCUAGCUUAAAUUUGUACCAAAGCGCACAAAAGUAUUAUAUAUUAAAUGCAUGUAUACGAAUUUGUUAUCACAU